AUGCGCCGUCUCAAUGUAGUCCUGCUGGCCACAAUCCAGCUCUGCCUUGCCCUGCUGCCUGGCUUCGACGUCCACAGUGACUUGCUCGCCUACCCGCAGUUUGAAGUUGUCUUCUCCGAAGGCUCCAUUUCCGACAAGGAGGCUCAUGAGCUCCUCGAGAGCCAAGCCCGAGAUGCGACCGACUCGGCCGACGGCAGCCAGUCCAGUGCGGGCGAUGCUCGCGAGACCACGGCUGCCGACGCCGGCAACGCCGCCGAUGAGAUUUCCUACUCGUACGAGCUGAUGAACAUGCCGCCCCAUCGCUACCUCUGCGCGAUACCGAACAUACCGCCUCCCGGCCCCGAGAACCAGACGGCCAACGAGCUGGCCAAGGCGGAAGAGGCGCGGGAGCUGAGCCGGGCGGCCAGCAGCGGCUGGGAGCUGCUCAGCCAACUAGAGGAUAGAUGCCUGUACUUCAUGUCGGGCUGGUGGAGCUACCGGUUCUGCGACAACCACGAGGUGGCCCAGUACCACGCCGUGACGGCCAUGACGCACGGCCAACCGCCGAGGCGCGACCCUCAAACGCCGGAAUACGUUCUCGGCCGCGUGCCUGCGCUGCCUGCCGGAUCCGAGGUCGAGGCUCGCGAUCGGGCCGGCUCGAAAUCGGUGCCGGCUGAGCUCCAGGUCAAGGGCGACCAACGGUACCUCGUGCAGAAGCUCGAGGGCGGAACCAUUUGCGACCUCACAGGCAGGGAGCGAACCAUCGAGGUGCAGUACCACUGCGUGCCGGGUAUGACGACCGACAGGAUCGGCUGGAUCAAGGAAGUGACCAUCUGCGCCUACGUCAUGGUGGUGAACUCGCCGCGGCUAUGUCAAAACGCCGUAUUCCUGCCGCCCAAGGAGACCAAGGCCAACGCCAUCAAAUGCCAGCUCAUCUCGGCCGCCGCCGCCGACGACGACGACAGGUCGACGCCCCGUCUGGAGCAGACCGAAGGCGCCCAACCCGACGGCGUCGGUGGAGCGGAAGGGGAAAAGACUACGGCGGGCUCGCGGGCGGGCGACGAAGCCGGCGACGAAGCCGGCCACGAUGCGGCCGAGGAGCUCGGCGUCGUGACAGUCGGGGGUGUCGUCGUGGGCGCGCGGCAUGUCCUGUCGGGCGCCGACGAGGUCGGCAAGCCCCCUCUCAAACUGGCGGCGCCGCAAAACACGUUUGAGACGAGCGUGGGCGAUCGAAUGGUCGACGUCCUCAUCAAGGUGGCGAGCAAGGCGGACGGCGGCAAGGUGGAGAAGAUGUCGACGGACGAGCUGAAGAGGCUGGAACUCGACCCCAGCGUGGUGGAGGACAUGAAGAAGAAGAUGGAACGGCUUGCCGGCGACCAGGGAUGGAAGCUCGAGGUUGUGGAGAUUGACGGCGGAAACAUGCGCGAGCUUCGCGGCUUCGUCGACGAAAAGCCCAAGGCCGCCGGGGGCGAGGGGCAGCAGCAGGCGAGCUCCGACGAGGACGACGGUCACGACGAGGAGGGAGGCGGCGGCGACAGACACCACUUGCCGGCGGAUGGGCAGGACGAGCAGCAGGCGUCGGUAGGGCAAGACCAGCACCAGGUGCCACACGGACAUGGCGGACAGCAGGCGGCGGACGAGAAAGACGAGGGCGCCAAGGACGACGUUCGGGACGAGGGAAGCAAGGAGACGUUUUUCAGGGACGAGCUGUAG